GCUGAUAGGCUUCCAGGGGAAAAGGGUUGGGAUUGCAUUAAUAAAAGCGUGCAACACGAGAGGUGGGAGGUUUACCUGAGACAGUAACAGCAGAAACCUGAACAAAGGAAUUCAAGCUUAAGAAGACAGUGGUUCCAUCUACUGUGAUGCCUACAAUUGAAGGCAUGUCUCAAGUGAUACCCUGCCAUGUUCUGAGAGUGGGUCAGACCACCUGCCUUGACUCUUCACAGGGAAAUGUCCCUCAGUCACUUGGUAUCCCUAAGCCAGAGUUUCACCUUGUCGACCACGAUCUUGACAUGACCUUGGAAAAUCUCAAUCAACUCAUGCUUGACCUGGAUCCCACUUUCGAACCAAUCCGAAGCCCCACUUGCACAAGUCCUCCAACAGUCUCCCUUUCUUCGAAUGACUCAGAUGGCGCUUCCCAUUGCGUGCUGAUUCCCAGAGGAUGCCCUCCACACUCAUCGCCAGCAGUUGCACUUCCUGUUGUGUCUCCCAGUGUCCCCAUCCCCAUGCCCGGCAGCCUCAGAGGCAGCCCUAAUGGCGCGCUGGUGUUCUCCUGCUCUCCCACAUCCUCCCUGCCACCUCUUCCAUUUGGAAGCGCUCCCAGGCGAAACCCCUCGCCGAAGAACGACCUGGCCUUUUCUCUAGGGUCACUGCGCCUGUCGGGCUCCAACAGGAACAGCGCCACCUCGCUGCUCUCCACGUCCACAUGUUCAGAUACCAGCUACAUUUUGGGCAGCAACUUAUCUUUGACUGAGGACCUCGACUUUCCAGAGUUCGUCCCCACUUGCACUCUAAACACCUUCACUGAUGGCUCCAAAUAUCAGUCAUUGGAAGGCAGACCCUCGCUCUCAAAGCAGGGUCAUCUACACAGCAGAGGAGCAAACAGCAGUCCUGCUUCGCUCGCCGGCUCCCAGACAGAUAUUCCUUUGCUCCUGAUCAAUGGCGCACCAGAGUCAGACCUGAGGCCUUCUGAAUCAGAAGUUGACCAGGUCCAGAAAGUCCCUGCCUCUCCCUCAAAACGGAGGUGUUUUCAAGCUAGUUUCAGCGGCAGCCAGCCAUCUAUGAAAUUCGUCAUGAACACGUCAAAGUUCUGGUUUCGUCCGCACAUCAGCAGAGCAGAGUCUGAAGCCCUUUUAAAGGAUAAAGAAGCCGGGACGUUUGUGGUGAGAGACAGCACCUCCUACAGAGGAAGCUUUGGCUUGGCCAUGAAAGUGGACCAGUCACCCACCACCUUCACUGCUGCCGCCUAUCCAGGAGAGAGCGGCUCAGAUUUUAUCAGACACUUUCUGAUUGAAUCAUCGGCCAAAGGCGUUCGCAUCAAAGGUUCUUCUCAGGAACCCUACUUUGGUAGUCUCUCGGCUUUGGUUUACCAGCACACUAUCUCUCCUUAUGCGCUACCCUGCAGAUUACUGCUAAAUUAUCAGCAUAUGAGCACAACUGGAGAGAAAGUGAAUGAAAAAGCAUCAUUGGAGAACAAAAGAACAGCCUCCAAUUUUAUCUAUCUGAAUGCCGUUCCCACUGAGAUGCUGACAGGUCCCUGUGCUGUGCAAAAGGCGGUGUCCUUGACACUUGAGAAGACACCCGGUUCAUUCGCACCCUCUAUUGUGAACAUGAAGGUGUCCCUCAAGGGUGUUACACUCACCGAUAUCAACAGGAAGCUUUUCUUCAGACGCCACUACCCAGCUUAUCUGCUCAGCUACAGCGGUGAAGAUCCAGCCAAUCGACUGUGGUUGAAAGGCACAAGUUUUGGUGCAAGGAUGUUUGGUUUUGUGGCAAAAGGUGUUGAAGCUGGAAUGGAGAACGUUUGCCACAUCUUUGCAGAAUGUGACCCCCUGCAACCUUGCAACAAAGCCAUUGAGUAUAUUCAGGCUGCCGUACCCAAGCAGUAGACAACCAAACUCUGAUGGCCUCCCAUUUUACACUGUACUGCCUGUGACUGACAUGCAAUACUGGUCGAAAUAAAUGUCACGACUGCUGAUAAGCUGGUCAAGUUACUGUCUCUUCUGGGCUGAAAGACCAGAUGAAGAACCGACUUAAAGCUUAACACUCCAGUAUCACAUCCUGAUUCUUAAAGUCCCACACAGAAAUUAAUGUAUUUUUAGCUCAGGACUAUAAAAAAACAGAUGGAGUAACAAAUAAAAAAAGAUGACGUCUUGUGCUUAAAAUUUGUCCAGCUUGUAAAAAUACUACAGAAAUGCAAUUACCUACCCCAAACAACAACUUUAAUACUAUUUUUUAUGUCUUAAUGUUCCAGGAACAAGCAUCUUAAUUUAAUAUCAACUUGUUUGUCCAAUUUUGUGAUGAGCUGAGCUUUGCAAAAAUAUUUAUACCCUUUAAACCUUACCACACUUUGUUAUAUUACGACAAUAAACUCCGGUAUAUCUUCUUGGGAUUUUAUUUAUAAGGCCAACGCAAAGUAGUGGAUAAUUUUAAAUUGAAAAGUGUUUCACAAAUAGAUAUCUGAAAAGUAAAGCUUGCAUUUGUAUACAGCCUCUUUAUAUCGAAUACCUCCAAAUAAAACCCGGUUCAACCAAUGGCCUUCAGCUGAUUAUUAAAAGCUACACAGUGCGCAGCGUCUAAUGUAAUCUCAGUACAAAUGCAGACAUCCUGUUGAGGUUUCACAGCUUUGUCAGAGAAUAUUACUGAACAAACAGCAUCAUGAAGACCAAGGUGCACAGCAGACCAGUCAUAGACGAUACUGUGGGGAAAUUUAAAGCCUGUUUAGGUUACAAAACAAUAUCUUGAGUAUUCAACAUCUCAGGGAGGAUUCACCAGUCCAUCAUCUGAUUAUGGCACAACUGGAAACACUCCAAGACAUCCACCUAAGCUGGCAAGGACAGCACCCGAAAAACAGCUGGUAAUGCUGGAGGAGCUGCAGCGUUCCAUAGUUCAGUCAGGACAUUUUGUUGAUAGGACUAUAAGUUGCACAUUUCACAAACCUGACAAUCAUUUUGAGGUGGCCACAAGCCACAUAGAGAACUCAGCAAGCUUGUGGAAGAAUGUGCUCUAAACAAAGAACAAAAUGUAACUUUCUGGAUAUGCAAGAGAAAUUUGGUGAAACUGGAGCUGAACACACAUCAUCCCCACUGUGAAACACGGCGGUGGCAGCAUCCAGCUGGAGGGAUGAUUUUUGUUCAGCAGGAACAGGGGAUGCUGCUCAGAACAGAUGGAAACUUAACUACAAAGCAUUUCUGGGAUUCUUCUGACUAGAGGAGCUAAAUGUGAACAAACAUCAUACUAUCUAGAUCUUAUUUGUAAAAAUCUAGAAAAUGAUGUUACAUUUCAUUCCACAUCCAUUCUGAUAAAAUAAGUUUGUGGUUGCAUUGCUACACAAUGUAACAGAGUAAAAAAGGCUUAUAAACGCACAGAGUGUAAGAUUAUCAUCAUUUAAAGUGAUGCUUGCGUCCUACUGAUUACUCAAACUGUUACUGAGAGAUUUAGACUUGAAGCUCUGAUGUAUCCAUUCAUUUUAAGUAAAAUCUGUGCAGAUGCCCUCACUGUAUAAAUCUGUUUGAAUGUAUUUAUUGUUGUGUUCUCUGUAAAGAUAUGGAUUUGUAUUUUUUUUUAAACUGCAAUAAAAACAAAGAUGUUCAGCAAA